AUGCUGAGGCGGGGAAACGGAGGCGGUUCACUCUUACCGUGGAUCGCUGCUCCGGUCCGAGUCGCCGUGGGAACGAGGGGCCGCAGACACUCAGAUAAAGGAGGCCAGGAGACGGGGAUAAAGGACGAGGAAGAGGAGGGGGGGGGGGAAACUAUGGGAAGAACUGCCCCCCAAAACCCCAGGAUCCCUCCCACACUCACCCCCGCCAGACAAUGCACACACUUGCCAACUGAUCUCCUGCUGCAGCUCCUGCUGAAGCUCUUUGACUCCCCUCACUGCAGUUUGCUGCUGGGAUCUGACCUGCUGCUCCACAACAGAGUGUUUUUUCAGGAUGAAGUGGAUCAGCUGAGUGAACAUCUUCUUACUGUCCUUCAAUGUUUUGUCAGCAGACUGAUCGAUGGCCUCCACCUCCUGCUGGAGCAGAUCCACAUCUUUCUAGCAGAGAGAACAGAUGGACUUCUGAUCAGUGCGGCAGAACAGCUUCUUCACCUCAUCAUGGACAGAGCAGAUGUUCUCCUGGAGCUUCUUGGAGGGCUCCACCAGCUUGUGUUUCUUAAAUGUAGAGCAGACAUCACAGGCCACAUCUUCAGGUCCAGCAUAGCAGUGGUCAGCAGGCGCAGCUUGGAGUCCAGUCUUCUUCAGCUGCUCCACUAA